CAGCAGUUCCUGUUCCAGCGACAGUAUUCCAAAUAUUUAAAUUUGUACGUGGCUGACAGUUAUAAUAAUCGGAUUCAAAAAUUUGCAUCAGGACAAUUAAAUGGAACAACAAUAACAACAGGAACUAUUAUACUAAAUCGUCCAACUGGAAUUAUUCUUGAUUUUGAUGGAUAUCUCUUUAUUGUUGAUCAAUAUAACUAUCGUGUUAUCGGUUCAGGACCUUAUGGAUAUCGAUGUAUAGCAGCAUGUUCUGGAUCUUCUGGCUCAUCAUCUAGUCAAUUAUAUCUUCCAUACUCACUUAGUUUUGAUAGUUAUGGAAAUAUGUUUAUUAAUGAUGAGAACAAUCGUCGCGUCCAAAAGUUUUUAUUAGUAACAAAUGGAUGCAAUGUAACAACAUCAACGACAACAAUGUCUAGUGUAACACCGAUGAAUAGUACGCAAUCAGUUCCUUUAUUAACAUUUACCUAUGGAACAAAUUCUACAAGUGUAUCUUCUUCGACACUUCUUUCAUACAACUUACCAACAUUCAGUCCUUAUGCUACUUGGAGUUCUAAUGGAGUAACUCUUUUCAACACUACUACCAUCGGAACAAAUCCAUAUGGUUUAUUUGUUGAUACUAACAAUACACUUUAUGUAUGUGAAUAUUCUAAAAAUAUGAUUCAAGUAUGGCUUGAAAAUAGUACCGUACCUAUAAGAAAUAUUAGUAGUGGUUUAUCUUCUCCCUAUGCGAUGUUUGUUACAGUUAACGGUGAUGUUUAUAUUGAUAAUGGUAAUUCAAAUAGUCAAGUCGAUAAAUGGACAGUAAAUACAACAACUGGUGUUUCAGUAAUGAAUAUUAAAGCCGCAUGUUAUGGUCUUUUUGUUGAUAUUUAUAAUAAUAUUUAUUGUUCACAAUAUACAUAUCAUCAAGUUGUUACAAAAUCAUUAAAUAGUAAUUCAGAUAUGUGGAUCGUUGCUGCCGGUACAGACUGCUCAGGAUCAACAUCAAAUACGCUUUAUAAUCCUCGCGGAAUCUUUGUUGAUACAGAUCUCAAUUUGUACGUUGCUGAUUAUACCAAUGAUAGGGUGCAAAAAUUCCUACCACAACAAGUAAAUGGAAUAACGAUAGCAGGAACUGGAGCAACAGGAACUAUUAGUCUCAAUGGUCCGGCUGGAGUUGUUCUGGAUGCAGAUGGUUACGUAUUUAUUGCGGAUUAUUUGAAUAAUCGUAUUGUUGGAUCAGGACCAAACGGAUUUCGUUGUUUAUUAGGAUGUUCAAGUGUUGCCGGUUCAGCAUCUAAUCAAUUGCAUUAUCCAACAAGUUUAAGUUUCGAUAGUUACGGAAAUAUUUCAUUCGAUGAAGAUGUUGGAAUAAUAAUACCAAUGAUUCUUAAUUUAUUUUUAUUUUUAGGUACAACUGUCAAUCAACCAGACUUAUGUCCAUCUUCAACAUGGUAUACAAAUGCAAUUACAUUUGCUAAUAGUAGCACGGUUGGAACUUACGUAUAUGGUGUUUUUGUUAGUAUUAAUAAUACUGUCUAUGCAGCUAAUCAACCAAGUAAUAAGGUUGUAGUAUGGCUCGAAGGAAGUAUUACUCCAGAUGAAAUUCUUUCUGGUAGUCUGAAUAAACCAUGGGAUCUUUUCGUUACUCCUCUAGGUGAUAUAUAUGUUGAUAAUGGUGAAAAUAAUGGUCGAGUUGAUAAAUUUUCAUUAAACGCAAAUAUCAGCAAUUCUGUAAUGUCAGUUCCUGCUGCAUGUUAUGGUAUUUUUGUUGAUAUUAGUAAUACUCUUUAUUGUUCAACAUUUUCGUCUCAUCAAGUUGUUAAGAAAUGGUUAAAUGAUAGUAUACUUACAUCAACUAUUGUUGCUGGUACAGGUACAGCUGGAUCAAGUGCGACUACGCUUAAUGGGCCUAUGGGAAUUUUCCUCGAUGUUGAAAUUAAUUUAUAUGUUGCGGAUCGUAAGAACGAUAGAAUUCAAAUGUUUCCUGUUGGACAAUUUACUGGAAUAACUUUAGCAGGAGCGAGUGUACCAGGAACUAUUACACUUAAUCAGCCAAAUAGUAUUACAUUAGAUGGUGCUGGAUAUCUUUAUAUUGCGGAUACUUAUAAUCAUCGAAUAAUUGGAUCAGGACCAUAUGGUUUUCGAUGUUUAUUUGGAUGUUCAACAAUAGCUGGUUCUGCACCAAGUCAAUUGUAUUAUCCAGGAACUUUAAGAUUUGAUAGUUAUGGAAAUCUAUUUGUCGCUGAUAGAUAUAAUCAUAGAGUGCAAAAGUUUAUAUUAGCAUCAAAUUCAUGUAGUAUCUAUUAUAAUCAACCAACAUUUUGUUCUAAUGCUUUAUGGUAUUCUAAUGCAUCAACUUUUGCAUCAAGUAGUACAAUUGGUACAUUACCGUAUGGUAUUUUUAUUAAUGGAAUUAAUACUGUAUAUGUACCUAAUCGAGUCAGUAACACUAUUUUAUCAUGGCCUCAAUCGAGUACUACAUCAACAAGUAAUAGUUACAGUAAUUUGAAUAAUUCAUAUAGUCUAUUUAUGUCUAUGACUGAUGAUAUUUAUAUUGAUAAUGGUUAUUUCUAUGGUCGAGUUGAUAAAUAUAUAUUUAAUACAUCAAACCGUAUUACUGUUAUGAAUGUUAAUGGAAGUUGUUAUGGUUUAUUUAUUGAUAUUAAUAAUAAUCUUUAUUGUUCCCUUAAAAAUCUUCAUCAAGUUGUUAAACUCUUACUUAAUAAUGGUACAACCAUUCCGACAAUUGCAGCUGGUAAUGGUUCUGCUGGAUCACUAUCAAAUAUGCUUAAUUCUCCUCAAGGAAUCUAUGUUGAUGGUAAUCUGAACCUUUAUAUUGCGGACAGUGUUAAUAAUCGUAUUCAAUUUGUUCAAGCUGGUCAGUUAGAUGGAGUAACAGUCGUUGGUAAUGGUUCAUCAGCAAAUAUUACACUCAACUAUCCAACUGGAAUUGUCCUUGAUGCUAAUAGUUAUCUUUUUAUUGUCGAUAGUUAUAAUCAUCGUAUUGUUGCUUCAAGUUCUACUGGUUUUCGAUGUAUAGUCGGGUGUUCGGGAGGUGGUUCAACUGCGUUUCAAUUAUCUUUUCCACAAAGUAUGGCUUUUGAUAGCUAUGGAAAUAUGUAUGUUACUGAUCGAAAUAAUAGUCGCGUGCAACAAUUCGCUCUUCAAAACAACAGCUGCAGUAAGUUUGUUUGAAUAUAAAGGACAUUAUGAAGUUGUAAUUGAUAAUUAGUUUUUUGCGACUAUUAUGUGAAAAGUUGACAAAAAUCAGAUAAAAUG